AUGUCUUCUUCUAAGAAGGCUCUGCAGAUCAUCUUAUACUGGAUGCUCAUUUCCUUGAUAUCAGGGAGACCUUUUUAUCCACCAAAAACUCUUCCAAGACCCGGCAACCGUCUCCAGGGAGUUAAGAUACCUUUAUUCAUGAUGAAUCUUUAUCAAACCCUCAUUGGAAAUAAGAAGGACAAUCACAGGCCAGAGAAUCAGAUCUUGGAUGGAUCAGAUACCGUCCAGAGUCUUGCAGCAAAGAAGUUCACUGUGGAAAAUAAUCGGUUGUCCUUAACUUUUGACCUUUCUUCAAUCUCCAAAAAUGAUGAGCUAAGAAUGGUUGAACUCCAGGUUCAUCUUCCACCUUUUACAAAAUCCAGCAAUGUUACAGCGGACAUCUACCACGCCAACAGAGGUGAAAACAAACUUUUCUUAGGAUCAGUUAUGAAAAAUAUUACCAAUGAACAGAAUUCUUCCUGGACGAAGUUCAAUGUCACUAAGAUGAUAGAGCAGAGUCUGUGGGUACAGAAACUGACCAACCAUGAGGAAGGUGAUAUGCAGUCUGUAGACAUGUCUGAGCUCGAGCACUCAAGAAAGAUCAACAAGCGAGAUGUUUCUCUCCAUGAAGUCGACAAAGACCUAGCGCUCAUCGUGUUCUAUACUAAGCAUAAGCCAUCUUCUGAAUCUGAAACUCCCAGCCUCAUCCACAAACUGGCGGUCAACACUAUGAAGUUGGUUGCAUUUCGUAGAAACAAAAGAACCAGAAGUGAAACUCAACAAAGCACUCCAAGCAACAGCUAUCCCAAUGCAGCGGAAGAGCACAGACCUUCACACAAAACCAUGGACAGAGAGGAAGACUACAAGGAGGUUUUCCCAAAGUAUAAAAGGCAUUCUAGUCUGAGGGGACCUGUUCUGCUCUACUAA